AUGGGUCCCGCCAAGGAUCUGGCCAAACCCCUGCUCGAUGUCGACGAGCUCCUCGCCGCCAACGCGGCGCGCGUGGAGAAGAUCCUGACUUCCCUAAAGAACGGAACCGGGGACGACGCACCCUCGCUCCCUGUCGGGGAAGGUACCCCGUACGACGACAUCUGGGCUUUGAGAUUCUGCCUGAGCCACGAUGAGGACGACGAAGCCUUGGCCACUGCGCGGAAGACGCUGUCAUGGAGGAAGGAGCACGCGGAGAUGCUGGAGAAGGCGGCCAAGCGGGAGAGGGUAAAGAAGUUUGCAUCCAUCGAGCGGUUCGUCGCGGCGGACUACCAUGGGGAGGAUAAGAGGGGAAAUCCUGUUUACUGCAUACGCGCGGGGAUCAGCAACCCGUCCGCGAUGAUGGACGUGCACACCAAAGACGAGGUCCUCAUGUUCAUGAUGUACAGGAAAGAGAUCGGCUUCCUCAUCGCCGACGAGCGGACGCGCAGGACGCGAAAGCUUCACAAGCUCAUCACCGUGAACGACCUCAAUCACGUGUCGCUGAUGGCCGGGACUGACAAGAGGUUCCAGAAGGUGCUUGGGGAGUCCUCCAAGAUGUCGGAGACGCUGUACCCGCAGCUUCUGGACCGCGCGGUGCUCAUCAACGUCCCGUAUAUCUUCAGCGUGAUAUGGAGCAUGGUCCGCGGCUUGAUCAGCGCCAAGACCAAAGCCAAGGUGGCCAUCUGCCCGGGCGACACCCUCAAGGGCGACGUCUCCAAGUGCCCCUUCGCCAAACACGUAAAGAUGGAGACCAUUCCCACGUUCAUGGGCGGCACGUGCAGGUGUUCGCCGGGGUGCAUAUGCGGCGUCCCCAACGAUCAGAAGACGAUGGUGGCCAAGAAGGACGGCGACGGACUCAUCGCGGCGAACGUCGCGGCGCGAGAUAAGCUGCUGGCGUACGUGGAGGUCAGCCGCGGGGACAAGGUGGCGUGGCACCUGCAGGUGGAGGAGCAGGGCGUGGAGUUGGACGUGGUGCUGAGGGAGAGGGGGAUCAACAGUGGCACGCCCAUGACGGUGGUGAAGAGGUUCAAGCACAAGUCCGGGGCUGGGGUCAAGUCGGAGGUGCUGGAGUCCCCCGGUGACGGGACGCUCGUGUUCACGUUCAACAACGAGUACUCGUACUUCAACUCGAAGAACAUCAAGUACAAGUGCGAGAACAUCACCGCCGUGGCGAAGGAGAACGCGACGGAGGCGGGCGCGGAGGAGGAGGAGGAGGAAUCGUGA